AUGAAUUAAUCUGAUAAAUAAAAAGAAGAUCUAUCUGAGAUUUUCGUUUAAGUUAAGGAUAUUGAUGAACAAAUAUACUGCUUGAUAAUUGAUAUACUAAGAAAAGCAAAGAUUUCAGAUUGCAUAGGAUUCCUUUCAAACAUUGAUAAUCAAAAAAAAUUAGAUGCAUAACUCAAGGUGCAUCAGGAUCUAGGAAUAAUUAACUUUAAGAAGAUGACUAACAUUAUCUAAUAAAUACAAGAUCAUAACUUUAAUAAAUAUAAUUAUUCAGAGGAAAUAUACAUAGACUUAAAAAAAGACCUGAUUAAAAAUAUAUCUAAAUAGUAGAAGAUAAUCCAAUUUUUUUUAUUUUUAAUUCGCCUCACAGCCUUUGAUUAAACCUUAAUAUAGUGUGGGUCAAAUUCAUUACAUUUAUUAGUUGAGAUGAAGGUUGAACUUGGAAACCAAAAUUUUGAAAAUAUUAAAGUUUACAAUACCUCUUUAGUGGGUGCUAAUUUUGUUAGAUGCAAUUUAAGUGGAUCGUAAUUUGAAAACGUCGACAUAAGUGGAUUGAAUUUGAAUGGCGCUAAACUAUUUAACUGUAAAUGGAAGAACAUUAAAAUACAAAUGUUAAAUAUAUUAAAAGGUCAUACUUAAGCAGUCCUAUCAGUAUGUUUUUCUCCAGAUAGUUCUACAUUAGCAUCCUGUAGUGGAGAUAAGUCAAUCCGUUUAUGGGAUGUUAAAACAGGAGAAUAAAAAUCUAAAUUAGAUGGUCAUACUAGUACUGUCUAUUCAGUAUGUUUCUCUCCUGAUGGUGAUACAUUAGCAUCUGGUAGCGACGAUAUGUCUAUCAGAAUAUGGGAUGCCAAAACAGGAAAAUAAAAAUUCAAAUGGGAUGGCCAUUUUUCUUUUGUCAAAUCAAUAUUUUUCUCUCCUGAUGGUACUCUCCUAUCAUCUGGUAGUAGAGAAAAAGCCAUCCGUUUAUGGGAUGUUAAAACAGGUAAAAUAAAAUUCAAAUUGAAUGGUCAUUCGGAUUGCGUCCUAUCAGUCUCUUUCUCACCUGAUGGAACUACUUUGGCAUCUGGUAGUAGAGAUAAAUCUAUCCGUUUGUGGAAUAUUAAAACAGGAAAAUAAAAAUAUAAAUUGGAUGGUCAUUUUUCUUCUGUCAAUUCUUUAUGUUUCUCUACUGAUGGUCAAAAAUUGGCAUCUGGUAGUAGUGAUAAGUUUAUAAAUUUGUGGGAUGUUAAAACAGGCUAAUAAAAAUAUAAAUUGGAUGGUCCUUUUUCUUCUGUCAAUUCAGUAUGUUUCUCUACUGAAGGUCAAAAAUUAGCAUCUGGUAGUGAUGAUAGCUCUAUCCAUAUGUGGGAUGUUAAAACAGGAAUAUAAUAUUACACAUUAGAUGGUCAUAGCAAUACAGUCUGAUCAGUCUGUUUCUCGCCUGAUGGUGCUACGUUAGUUUCUGGGGGUUAUGACAACUCUAUCAGGUUAUGGGAUGUUAAAACAGGAUUAUAAAAAUUCAAAUUUAAUGGGCAUACUAAUUGGGUCUAAUCAGUAUGUUUUUCUCCUGAUGGUACGUCAUUAGCAUCUGGUAGCAGUGAUAAAUCUAUCCGUUUAUGGGAUGUUUAAACAAGAAAAGAUAAUAGUUAUUAAGAUAUGUAAUAGUAAUUUUAAAGCAAUUUUAUUCGAGAAAGUUGUAAGUAUUUUUAAUUUUAUUUAGAAAAUAUCAAUUUUACUAUUCUCCUCAUAUCGAAAUAAAAGUUAUUUUAAGCCUAAGGAGCUUAAAUUUACAAAGGAGAGUUUGUGAAUUAAUAAGGAAUUGGUUUAAAGCAUUAUUUAAACAAUUAGGAAGUUUAAUUUUGGAUAACUAUGAAGAAUUACAAUAAAAUUGAAUAUUUGAUUAUUCUAAAUUAUAUUGCAAUUAUAAAUACAAAAUAUCAAAUAAUUAAUAAGCUUUUCUUAAAUUUUAACCAGAUUUCAGCCUUUUUUCAAUUUAUCAACUUCAAAUUUAGCAAUCAAAUUUGA